UAAUACUAAACAAAUUUACGCAGAAAAUGCAGAGACUGCAAGACAGGACUGCUCAAAUUCCAGAACUGCUCCGGUGCUGGUGCUGGUGCUGGGACGCUGGGUCCAGAAACUCCCAGAUUCCAGGACCGCUCCACACUGAAAUAUGAAAACACGAAAGCAAAAGAAAAGGAACACCCCCCCGAGUCAGAAAUAUGACAUUCCUCCAUUGCAGGUUUCAUCUUCCUCUCUCCCCAAUUUACAGUCACAAUCCCCUCCUCCUCCCCUCCUCCAUUCUUCUCCCAAGAAUCGCCACCGCCACUCAUUCCGCUACCACCACUCAAACAUUCAUUCUCACCAUGUCUUCUUCUCCUUAUUCAUCCUCUUCAUCUUCCAUAGCUAAGCCCAAAGAAGACCCUGACUUGCAGAAGCUCUCGCUCAACCAGGUGCUGAAGUACCAUCGCCAGACUAAACACUCCUUCACCAACUACGCCCGAGGUCCUCGCGGUCUCGACUGGGCUAACCAACCCAACCCCUUCCGCAGAUUCACUUCUGCCCCGCUCCUACCUCUCCUGCACUUUCCUCCAGAAAGUGAAGUUGACAACCCCUCGUCCGCCCAAAACCCUCCUCUGUACUCCUCACUGUACCAUUCUCUUCCCCCUCCGAAACCCAUUUCCAAAUCCACCAUCUCCCAACUCUUCUACGAUUCUCUUGCGCUUUCCGCUUGGAAAACCACCGGGUAUUCGCAGUGGUCGCUUCGCGUAAACCCUAGCAGCGGCAAUCUCCACCCUACGGAAGCAUACCUCAUCGCCCCACCAAUCGAAUCCAUCUUCGACUCGCCUUUCGUCGCGCAUUACGCCCCCAAGGAGCAUUCGCUUGAGGUUCGAGCUCGAAUCCCGCCUGGGUUCUUUCCCAAAUUCUUCCCUGAGAAUUCGUUCCUCAUUGGGAUUUCUUCAAUUUUCUGGCGCGAGGCCUGGAAGUAUGGCGAGCGCGCGUUUCGGUAUUGUAAUCAUGACGUGGGUCAUGCCAUUGCAGCCGUGGCUGUUGCCGCGGCGGGGCUUGGUUGGGACGUGAAAAUUCUUGAUGGUUUGGGUUACAAGGAUUUGGAGAACCUUAUGGGGCUUGGAUGCUACGGUGAAUUCAAAAUUCCCUUGCAGCCUGUAAAAGGGAAUCUUCCGGGGAUUGAACUUGAGCACCCUGAUUGCGUUCUUUUGCUUUUUCCUAAUGGGGUUGGGAAAUUUGAUGUGAACUAUGAAGAUUUGAGUUUGGCAAUAUCAGAGUUCUCAAAAUUGGAGUGGAAAGGAGUGCCUAAUUCUCUUAGCAAAGAGCAUGUUUGUUGGGAUAUAAUUUAUAGAACUGCAGAAGCAGUGAAAAAGCCAACAACAUUAAGCGGUAGACUUUCCAUUGAUCCAUUUCAGAGUAGUCUUCUCUCUAGUGAAGGUUCAUACAAGGGUUUGACAGUGAGGGAAGUUGUUCGAAAGCGCAGGAGUGCGGUUGAUAUGGAUGGGGUUCAUGUAAUGGAGAGAGCAACUUUUUAUCAAAUUCUGUUACAUUGUCUCCCCUCUGGUUCUAGAAGUGGGAGGAAGCAGGGGAGGCAGCUAGCAUUGCCAUUUCGGGCUCUUCCAUGGGAUUCCGAAGUGCAUGCUGCUCUAUUUGUCCAUAGGGUUGCAGGAUUGCAGAAGGGUUUGUAUUUCUUGGUGAGGAAUGAUGAUCAUUUUGAUGAACUUAAAAAGGCUAUGAAUCAUGAUUUUAGGUGGGAAAAUCCAGAGGGGUGCCCUGAUGAUCUUCCCCUGUAUGAACUUGCUAGAGGUGACUGUCGGCAGCUAGCCAAGCAGCUUUCGUGCCAUCAGGAUAUUGCUGGUGAUGGCUGCUUCAGCCUUGGCAUGGUGGCUCAUUUUGAGCCCACCUUGCACAAUAAGAGUGUGUGGAUGUAUCCUCGGUUAUUCUGGGAGACUGGAGUCCUUGGCCAGGUGCUGUAUCUUGAAGCACAUGCAGUUGGCAUCUCUGCUACUGGGAUUGGUUGUUACUUUGAUGAUCCUGUACAUGAGCUUCUUGGCUUGAGAGGAUCAGACUUUCAGAGUCUCUAUCAUUUUACUGUGGGAGGCCCAGUCGUGGACAAACGGAUAAUGAGCCUGCCUGCAUAUCCCGGCCCCGGCAUUGAUGCCUGACACCGGGGUUACAUUUAUAUCCAUCUUGGAGAGAAUUUGUGAUUGAACCUCCCAUCAUCAAGCGUCACCACCAACCAAAUAGAUUCAAUGUACAGCUCCGAACAGUGCGCUUUUGCCUUUGACCGAUGCAUCUCAAUUAUUAGGCUCAAUCAAUAUUUUUUCUCUGUAAUUAUGCAUCUUCACCCCAAGAAUUCUGAAUAUAUAGUGAUUUUACAAGGAUUUACAGGAGCCUUUUGUAAAGUAAAAUAAAGUAAAAUAAAAUAAAAUAAAAUUCAAGCA